ACAAGUAUCUGUACGCAGCGCGCCUCAGCGAUGAUACCCUGCGAGAUGUCAUGACCCGCUUCAGGACCGAGAUGGAGAAGGGACUCGCAAGGGACACCAACCCCACGGCAACGGUCAAAAUGUUGCCCACCUUUGUCCGGUCGCCCCCGGAUGGAUCAGAGAAGGGGGAUUUCCUGGCUUUGGACUUGGGCGGGUCCAACUUUCGAAUCUUGCGUGUGAAGGUGUCUCAUGAGCGGCAGCAGAAGGUGGAGAUGGAAUCACAGAUCUAUUCGACACCAGAGGACAUCGUACACGGCAGCGGCUCACGGCUUUUUGAACACGUUGCUGAAUGCCUGGGCGACUUCAUGGAGAAGCAGGAAAUCAAAGACAAGAAACUUCCCCUCGGCUUCACCUUCUCCUUUCCCUGCAGGCAAAGCAAAGUGGACGAGAGCAUUCUGAUCACGUGGACGAAAGGUUUCAAGGCAAGCGGAGUGGAGGGAUCAGACGUGGUAAAGCUCCUACGCAAGGCCAUCGACAAGAAAGCGGAGUAUGACGUGGACAUCAUGGCCGUGGUGAACGACACAGUGGGCGCCAUGAUGACCUGUGGGUUUGACGACCAGCGCUGCGAAGUCGGCCUUAUCAUUGGCACGGGGACGAACGCUUGCUACAUGGAGGAGCUGCGGCACAUUGACUUGGUGGAAGGGGACGAGGGGAGGAUGUGCAUUAACACCGAGUGGGGGGCGUUUGGUGACGACGGGUCGCUGGAGGACAUCCGUACCGAGUUUGACCGGGAGCUGGAUCGCGGCUCCCUCAAUCCGGGGAAACAACUGUUUGAGAAGCUGAUCAGUGGGAUGUACAUGGGGGAGCUCGUGAGGCUCAUUCUCGUGAAGAUGGCGAAGGAAGGGCUGCUCUUUGAAGGGAACAUCACACCAGAGCUCCUCACCAAGGGCAAGCUGGAGACGAAGCAUGUAUCUGCCAUUGAGAAAAGCAAAGGGGGUUUGUCGAAGGCGGACGAGACCCUGACCCGCCUGGGGCUGGAGCCGUCGGAAGAGGACUGCAUCGCCGUCCAGCACGUCUGCGCCAUCGUAUCCUUCCGCUCGGCCAACCUCAGCGCCGCCGCCCUGGGGGCCAUCCUCACACAACUGCGGCACAACAAAGGAGUGCCGAGGCUCCGGACCACCGUGGGAAUGGACGGGUCCCUAUACAAGAUGCACCCGCAGUUUGCUCGGCGGUUCCAGAAGACGGUGCGGCGCCUGGUGCCUGACUGCGAGGUGCGGUUCCUGCUCUCGGAGAGCGGCAGCGGCAAGGGGGCCGCCAUGGUGACGGCGGUGGCCGAGAGGCUGGUCUCGCAGCGCAAGGAGAUGGACAAGACGCUCGCCACCUUCACCCUCACCCGAGAGCAGCUGUUCGAGGUGAAGGGGAGGUUGAGGAAGGAGAUGGAGAUGGGGCUGCAGAAGAAAACCCACGAGGCGGCCACGGUGAAAAUGCUGCCCACCUUCGUCCGCAACACCCCAGACGGAACAGAAAAUGGAGACUUUGUGGCUCUUGAUCUCGGAGGGACCAACUUCCGUGUUCUGCUCGUGAAAAUCCGCAGCGGCAAAAGGCGAUCAGUGGAGAUGCACAACAAGAUCUACGCCAUCCCUCUGGAGGUCAUGCAAGGCACGGGGGAAGAGCUCUUUGACCACAUUGUCCAUUGCAUCUCGGACUUCCUCGACUACAUGGGCAUGAAGGGGGCCCGCCUCCCGCUCGGAUUCACCUUUUCCUUUCCCUGCGAACAGAAGAGUUUGGACGAGGGCAUUCUUCUUAAAUGGACGAAAGGCUUUAAGGCGACAGAUUGUGAGGGAGAGGAUGUAGUUACUAUGCUACGUGACGCCAUCAAAAGAAGGGACGAGUUUGAACUGGAUAUUGUGUCCAUUGUGAAUGACACAGUUGGGACAAUGAUGACCUGCGCCUAUGAAGAUCCUCUGUGUGAAGUUGGUAUGAUCGUUGGGACAGGCAGCAACACGUGCUACAUGGAAGAGGCGCGGAACACGGAGACGGUGCCGGGAGACGAGGGUCUGAUGUGCGUGAACAUGGAGUGGGGAGCGUUCGGUGACAACGGUUGCCUCGACGACAUCAGGACUGAAUACGACAACGCGGUGGACGAACUGUCCUUGAACCAGGGGAAGCAAAAGUACGAGAAAAUGAUCAGCGGGAUGUACCUGGGAGAGAUCGUGAGAAACGUGGUCAUUGACUUCACCAGGCGGGGAUUCCUGUUCCGGGGGCAAAUCUCAGAGCGACUGAAGACAAGGAGCAUCUUUGAAACAAAGUUUCUGUCUCAGAUUGAAAGUGACCGCCUGGCCCUGCUCCAGGUGCGAGCCAUCCUCCAGAACCUGGGCUUGGACAGCACAUGCGACGACAGUAUCAUCGUCAAAGAGGUGUGCGGCGCGGUCUCCCGGAGGGCCGGCCAGCUGUGCGGGGCCGGAAUGGCCGCCGUGGUGGACAAGAUACGGGAAAACCGGGGCUUGGACCGCCUGGCCAUCACCGUCGGAGUGGACGGAACCCUCUACAAGCUGCACCCUCACUUUUCAAAGAUCAUGCACGAAACGGUGCGGGAACUCGCUCCAGACUGCGACGUGACGUUCCUGUUGUCGGAAGACGGCAGCGGAAAGGGGGCGGCCCUCAUCACCGCGGUGGCGUGCAGACUCCGCGAAUCCGCCGCGUAGGAUCCCAGCGCGGUCGGUCGGCCGGUCUGUCGGCACUCACACCCGCGGCAGGGGGGAGCGCUGGAGUGCGUUGUAACCACACACACCCCCCCCCCCCCCCCCCCCAUCCCCACCCCAUCCACACCCCUACCCCCGGCCCCCUUUCUUAUCGAAACUACUACGGCUUGGUCACCAGAGUUGAUGCAUUUUACUCGCGUGUGGCGUUCACUUUUGCAAAGACAAACCGCUUGAAGCAAAAGGUAGUGACUACACCUGUUAACCUGAAGCUGCUAUAUUUACGAGAGUCCUGAUUCACUUUGACCACCGUGGUCAGUAUCAACUAUUAAUUUUAAUCUCACCGUAGCUUUUAAAAUGUCUGUGUUCUUUGAUUUUUUUUGUUUUGUCCCUGAAGGGCAUGGAAGGGUUAAACUGGAAUCUAGUUCCACGCUAGCGUCUCUGUUGUACGGGAUUAUCAUGCGACGUUCGAAAUAACGGAGGGAUUCUGCUUCACUGUUCGUGUCUCCCAUGUAAUAUUUUGUGCAGUGCUGUCACAAAUCUUCAUUAAAGGUUUAUCUAUGUGUAUUUGAUAACUUAAAAGUUCACCUGAGAAUUGCGAGCUGCUGUGACGAGCCGAGAUGAGUCUUCGGGAAACUUAGGUGAGUGUUGUGUUCCUCCUUUGUGUCCACCCUGUCUAGGUGUGUGUGCGUCCAUAUUAAUGAAGAUGCAUGCCUUACUGAUGUAGGCCCUUUAAUUUUAUACACUCUGUUCGAGGCACUCUGUUUUAAAGUGAAAUUGUGAAUACAUUAAAGUUACUCUGUUGUGCAUCA